ACACACACACACACACACACACACACACACACACACAGCAGGGAUCCGGCUGUUUGGUUUCAGUGUCUGGUCCCAGAUCAGAGACGCACUGUCUGGACUCACACUCAGACGCCAUGUGUGGAGUCCUGCUGCUGCUGCUGCUGCUCUGUAGCUCUCAGACUAAUCAUUUCUAUGGGACAGUGAUGACCUUCACCCCCCAGGACCUCAGAAAUAAUGGCUCAGUCACGGUUGUCUGUCGCUACAAGACCAGCUUCCGCUCGUGCAGCGAUGGCGACGCCUGGGACUGCGCCGGCGGCGACUGUGGGAGUCACACGUUAGAGCUGAGCGUCGUGGACACGCUGGACGGAGACUGGUGUCAGAAGGAGGGAGUCAUGAGGCGACGCGUUCCAGACACGGAGCCGUUUCAGCUGCGGUCAGAGUCACAUCUGUCAACAUCUGUCUCCCACCUGAGUGGCGGCGACUGGAUAAGCGGCGUCAGAAACGGCGUGCGCAGCUGGUUAGCGAUAACGCGCGUGGACCUGAGAGUCCGCUCUGACCUGGGUCAACCCAACAGGUCGCCUCAGACCACGGUGCUGCCAGCGCUGCGAGUUCCAUCAAACUGUCGCAGGGACUUCGACCUUCUGGCCUUUGACCCAGAUGGAGACGAGGUGAAGUGCAGAUAUGGUGACGCCGGAGCACAGGAGUGUAACCCCUGCAGGCCACCGUCUCUCCUCACCGUCUCACCGUCGUGUACGUUAACGUUCCACUCCAGCAGCAGCAGCAGUGAAGGCCCGUACGCCGUCCAGGUGGAGAUGGAGGACUUCCCCAAGCAGAACAUCUCCCUCCUUCAGCGUGAUGGUGUGAAGAUAACAAGAACUCCCAGUGAUGCUCUGAGUAAAAUACCGCUCAGGUUUGCUUUAAUAGUGGACCCAGCAGUUCCAUCCUGCACUGACGGACUCUAUCUCCCCAAGUUCCUGCCUCCAACUCCAGCAAGUCGGGCUCAGCUGGUCGCGUUUGUCAACCUAAACCUGGAGAUUACGAUCAAAGCGGAGGCAACUAGCGCCCAGGUCUCGGGUGUUUUCUUCAGUGGACCACACGGCACCACAAAGCAGGAGGUGUCUGAGGGCCACUUCCUGCUGAACUGGACGCCGCCUGAAGGCAGCGAGGAGGAGACCCACCCCAUGUGCUUCGUGGUCCGAGCAGUAAAAAGGUCUCUGGUGUAACUGUAGUAAUGUUGGUACUCGAGUACACAGCUUCAUGUUCUACACCAGAUCCUCCAGCAACUCGCUGCCAUGGCUCUAACAGACGAUGCUUUCCUCCC